AUGAACAACGAACGCUUCAGUGCCUACUACAGGGCUCAAAAAAUCAUCCCGGAUGAUGAGUGGGAGUCAUUCAUGGACGCUCUGAGGUGCCCUCUGCCUACCACUUUUCGAAUCACCGGAAGUCGAGACAUAGCCCACACUCUUGGCAUCACCAUCCAAAAGACAUACGUUCCAUUGUUGGACAAUGUGGUGUUCGAGGGUGAAACCGUCCCUCCCCCCACCCAAAUUCCAUGGUAUCCAGACGGGCUGGCAUGGCAAUUCAACGUUUCCAAAAAGGUCCUUCGUAGAUCACCAGAGUUCAAAAAAUUCCACUCUUUCCUGGUACACGAGACCGAAGUGGGCAACAUAUCACGCCAGGAGGCCGUGAGUAUGCUACCUCCCCUUUUCAUGGAUGUGCAGCCACAUCAUAAGGUAAUCGACAUGUGUGCAGCGCCUGGCUCAAAGACAGCCCAGCUACUGGAAGCUCUCCACGCUAACGACACUGCCACAUCCACAUCAAUCCCACCCGGCCUGCUAAUUGCCAAUGACACCGACAGUCGUCGCUCCCAUCUUCUCAUCCAUCAAUCAGCCCGUCUCCCCAGCCCGGCCUUCAUGGUUACCAACCUCGACGCGUCGAUCUAUCCAGUGCUCAAACUCCCAUCAUCUUCCAACGACAACCGUCGUGCAGUGAAAAAGACGCCUGGCCAACUGCUGUUCGAUAGAAUACUGUGUGACGUGCCGUGUAGCGGGGAUGGCACGUUGAGGAAGAACCUGGGCAUUUGGAAACGAUGGCAGCCGAUGGAUGGCAAUGGCCUGCACGGUCUCCAGAGUCGAAUCCUACAGCGUGCCAUGCGGAUGCUUGCCAGCGACGGUCGGAUCGUGUAUUCGACUUGCUCGCUUAAUCCUGUGGAGAACGAAGCCGUCGUGGCUGCUGCCCUCAACUCAAAUCCAGAGUUUGAGCUUCUAGACGUCUCAGAACAACAUCCACAGCUAAUACGGCGCCCGGGGAUUACGACUUGGUCUCCAACCGUCGAUCGUAUGGUCAACACUUCCUUCAGUUCAUACGGUGCCUACAUUCAAUCUCUCCCCGAGGACAAGCGUUCCGACGUGAAGCUGACGGAAACCCACUGGCCUCCGAGUAAUGUCGAGGCUUUACACCUAGAGCGUUGUAUGCGCAUAUACCCCCAUCUUCAGGACACAGGAGGGUUCUUUGUCGCUGUUUUCGAGCGAAAAGCGAAAUACAGAACAAAACGCUCGGUGGAAGACGAAGACCAAUCAAAUAGUGCCCCUGAGACUAAGAAGCCCAAGAUCGAUGUGGACACGUUGAUGCAGGAGCCGGAACACGAAUGCACCGCAACUCCAGGCGUGGACGCUGUUACGAUAGAUGCCAACGCCCUCUCGCCCUUGGAGGACAAGAGGAAGUCAGCAGAACGAUCACGAGGUGAAGGAAGCGGAGUUUCGCCUGCACAGGCUUCACUAGCGGAUCCAUCUUUCAAAGAGAUGCCGUUUACAUUUUUGGCACCAGACGAUCCAGCACUGCUCGCUUGCAUAAAACAACUUAAUCUAACCUCUUCCUUUCCUUCGUCUAAUGUACUUGUACGCAAUCCGGCGGGAGACCCAGUUCGGUCGUUCUACCUCACCAAUUCCCUCGUCAAGUCUGUCAUCCAGGCAAACGACUACACCCGCAUGAGACUGAUGGCAAGCGGUACCAAGGUCAUCACCAAGCAAGAGGCUGCAAGAGGCAUGGACGCACAGUAUCGCGUGCUAGGGGAGGGUCUACCUGUCGUUUUGCCCUACAUCAAGCCCGAGAUGAUCAUGCAUGCGAAUUUCGGGGCGUUAAAAGCUCUUCUGCAAAAUUACUAUCCGCUCUGCGCGUCGUUUGGUGAACCAUUUAGGUCUGAGAUUGAGGCGAAAGAUCCUGGUAGCCAUAUCGUUCGUUUCUUGGCCGAAACAUCCAUGGAUACCACACUCUCCAGAGACCUUGUCCUACCGUUAUGGAAAUCCAACGUGUCGAUAUCACUCAUGAUUGAUAAGAAAGCAAAAAGCGCGUUGAGUCAUCGACUUUUCGGGGAAGAUCUUACCUUCGCUGCCCGGGAACAGAGUAAAAAGAAAAAGUCAGCGAGGCCCAGCGCCAGUGUAGAGAUAUUGGCAGUUGGUGAAUGCCGAGACUCGGAAGAUGAUAGAGACGCGGAGAACGACGUACACUCCGACGGCGAUGGGGAGGCGCGAGAGUAA